AUGGGUAUCACAAUACAAUACCUCGUAUUGGAGAAGCGAGGCAUCUGCUGUCUCUCCCGACGAAGCCGAAUCGAGUCUGCUGGAGGCAUUCACUUGAAACGUCUGCCCCCAUUAUCCUGCAAUACUGUAUCUCGAGACGCAGGACCCAAUGCUCGAGUCGUCGACAAGGGUACCAAAACGCUAACUCAACUGGCCACCGGAGGCGGCACCUUCCUCUACGACUCCAGUCAGACGACGGACAAGUUGGCCGGCCUCCGGAGACGCAUACGUCGGCUUCAGGAUCAGCUGGCCUCGCGAGAUGUCCACUUGGAGAUCUGGCGCAACAAGGCCACCGCCUUGGAGACUCGACUCAGAGAGGCUGAACACGCCUUCGACGAGGUGGCCGUGGGCAGAGCGGAGACGGAUCGCGCUGAGCACGAGGCCAAGCGACGCCAGACCGAAGUACAGGCUCUGCGCGACGAGGUGGCUCGCCUGAAGACUGAGCUCCUGGCGACCGGAGAGGCAGAGGUGAGUCGACGUCGCGUUAGUCCUUGCGGGAGGAUAGUAUUAAAAUUGGAUUCCUCAUUACAUGUCGACCAGACAGCGUCCGAUGAGCACGCUUACAACAUUUCUGUCGUCUAA